AUGUACAAAGGAAACCCCACAGAAGUAAAAAGCAGCACAGGGUAGAAGAUAACAAGACCAUAUAGUUAAUAAAAGUAUCUUUUAAGAUAACUUAGGGAGUAUAUAGAUGUUAAGUCUUCACUUAAAUAGUAAUCAUAUUCUUGUGAAAAAUCAAACUAAUCCACAAUAUUGAAAAGCAAAGUGUCUAGUAAAUAAUAAGUAAAGAACAAAAUGAAACCAACAUAAACGCGAUUUUAAUUUUAAUAACCUUAGAGUUUAUAAACAACUCAUCGUUAUAAUCAUUCUCCAUAUGUUAAGCCUCAUUAAUAAUAACAAAUAUUUGAGUUAUAGAAAACAAUAAUGGCUGAUUCUAACCGAAUGGGUAAUAAUGUAAAUCAAAUGAAGUUUCACUCUUAAUAAAAUAAAAACCCAUAACAUAUAUAAAGGCAUCAUAAAUCAUAUUAAACAAAUUGUUAAGAAAAAUAAACCUAAAGUUUAAAUGGUAGUUUUGAACUUAAAAAAAGAAUAUUUACAACUAAUUAAGAUGUUAAUACAUAAUUUAAUAUGAUUGCAAAAUCUAAUAGAGCAUAAUCUGUAAUUGAUGAAUAUAAAACUACUGCUAUUGAAUUAUAAUAAACAAUGAAAAUCCCAGAACCAAUCUUACCUUAAAGAGUUAUACCUUAUGAUUCAGAGUAAAAAUACUAAAUUUCAUAAAUAGAACUGAAUUCGAAGGAUACAGAAAAGGAGAGUUUCUAACUUUCCAAUCAGAAGAUGAAAGUGAAAGUGAAAAUUCAUAAAGAAAAGCAGGAAUUGAACAUUUUUUAAAAAACUUAACAGAUAAAGAAAUUUUGUUAUUAGAAAAAUAUAUAUAUCUAAGAAAAUAUGAUAUGAUAGCUAGAAAUCCAAGAACAUAGAAAAAGAAUGAUCAAUUUUUUAAUAAUAAUACUUCAAGAACUUCUUAAUAAUAUUAGUAAUAAUAUUCUAAGAUAAGUAGAUAAACUAAAAAAUGA